ACUCGACAACCAACGCAAGGUCUAUUUAUUGCUUACUCAUUCGCCGGCUUCUUAGUAUCACUUCGCCGCUGUUUUCAUUAUUCAUCUGACUUAGUUUAUACCGGAGACACCUCUCGAGCAACCAUGGAUGUAGCAUCAUUGAUGGCUUCUCACGUGCUCUCUGCACCGCCACCUGCUGCAAUUGUGGCCCUCCAAGCAUCCGUUCACGAAUCUGCUGCCCCACCGACUGCCUCGUUCGUCCCUCCACCGCCAUCGGAGGUCGCAGCAAGCACUGACGACUUGACUUUCCAAGCGAUCAACUCGCUCGACUGGGCGCAAGGCGGGUUGCCAGCGCUCACGUCGUCUGCGUCAUCCACCUCCCUUCUCCCGCCAAACAGCCCGUCAGUCCCGCUACUCCGGCGAGUCUCCACCGACACUCUGCUUCAAAUCGACGCCAUUAAUGCGCCGCCGCUCACAACGCGCCCGCAUUUGGAGUCGUUCCCCAUCCCCGGCAAAGACGACCAACGGCUCGCACGCGGGCUCCGCGCGGAGGUGCUGAUAGAGGCGGAGGAGAUCCUUCGAGGAAACGACCGUGGCGGGUACACGAUUCCGGCCAAGGGGCUGUACCCGUACCAGUGGAACUGGGACUCGGGGCUGGUGGCAAUCGGAUGGUCCGCCGUGGACCACGAGCGCGCGUGGGAGGAGAUGCGGAGGCUGUUUUCGGCGCAAUGGGCGGACGGCAUGGUGCCGCACAUCGUGUUCCACCAGCCCAGCCCCACGUACUUCCCCGGCCCCGACAUCUGGGGCACGGCCGACCACCCACGCAACAGCACGGGCAUCACUCAGCCGCCGAUCGCGGCGACGGCGGUUCGGCAGUUGCUGGAGCGUAGCAUGGGCGGAGACUUUUCAGGCGGCGUGGCGUGGAACGGCGGCAGCCUGGCGGACGACCGGAGCAGCUACAGCUUGCAGCAGGCGGAGGAGCUGUUCCCGAAGCUCAUGGCGUACCACCGCUGGUUCCAGAUGGCGCGAGACCCGCAAGGCACGGGCGUGGUGGCGACGCUGCACCCGUGGGAGUCGGGCAUGGACAACAGCGUCGCGUGGGACGUGCCUCUGCGAAACGUGCCCGUGGACGACAUACCUGCGUACACGCGCAGGGACUUGGGCCACGUGGACGCGUCCAUGCGUCCCACUCAGGCGGAGUACGACCGGUAUCUCACGCUGCUGUACCGCUUCCGCGCCGUCGACUACGACCCCGAGCAGCUCUACUACCUGUCGCCGUUCCGCGUGACCGACGUGUGCACCAACUCCCUCCUCCACCGCGCCAACCUCGACCUCCGCUGGCUCGCCGUCACUCUGGGCCGCACGGACAACGCCAUGGAGAUCGACCAGUGGCUGCAACGCUCCGUGGCGGCCUUCCCGUCGCUGUGGGACGAGUCGAGUGGCAUCUUCCGCUGCCGCGACCAGAUCACAGGGGAGUUCCUCGAUGCCGCCACGUCAGCGGGCUUCCUGCCGCUGUUUGCUCGCGUGGCAACACCCGAGCAGGCGGAGGCACUGGCAGGGACUCUGUCGACGUGGCUGGAUCAGGUGGAGUACGGCGUGCCGAGCCUGGACCCCGCAGACGCACGUUUCGACCAGCUGAGGUACUGGAGGGGGCCAGUGUGGGCGAUCGUGAACUACAUGGUGACGGACGGGCUGAGGUUCUACGGCUACGAGGACCUGGCGACGCGAGUGGAGGGCAGCACACGGCAGCUGAUGAACGAGCACGGGCUGUUCGAGUAUUACGACCCCACCACAGGGCAGGGUGCUGGCGGCAGCGAUUUCUCCUGGACUGCUGCCAUGGCACUGGCUUGGCUCAACCAGACAGGCGGGUCAGGCAUCGCAGGGUGAAGCGAGGCAGAGCAGAGAUACAGAUGGCGACGUGGAUGUGAGAGGAGUGAGAGUCUGGCGUGUGAGUGUACAGAAGGUUGCCACCACUAGUGUUAGGCGUAGGGUGUAUAUUUAUUUUUAUCAAGCAAGAUUAUUUCAA